UCGUUCGGUGCGGACCUGGUACCUCUUUUGUGAAGCGGCAGCUGAGGAGACUCCGGCGCUCGCCAUGGCCGACGAAAAGCCCAAGGAAGGAGUCAAGACUGAGAAAAACGAUCAUAUUAAUUUGAAGGUGGCGGGGCAGGAUGGUUCUGUGGUGCAGUUUAAGAUUAAGAGGCAUACACCACUUGGUAAACUAAUGAAAGCCUAUUGUGAACGACAGGGUUUGUCAAUGAGGCAGAUCAAAUUCCGAUUUGACGGGUAGCCAAUCAAUGAAACAGACACGCCUGCAGAGUUGGAAAUGGAGGAUGAAGAUACAAUUGAUGUGUUCCAGCAGCAGACAGGAGGUGUCUACUAAAAAGGGAACCUGCUACUUUACUCCAGAAUUCUGUUCCUCCAGACCAAGAAGACAUUCUCAAUUAGAAAACUGCAAUUUGGUUCCACCACAUCCUGACUACUACAGUAUAGUUUCUCUAUUCUUUCAUUUUCCCCUUCCCCAUUCCUUUAUUGUAAAUAAAGUAACUGGUGUAUGUGCACAAGCAUAUUGCUUUUUUUUUUUUAACUAAAUGGCCAAUGGUAUGUUUUGAUCGACAUCAAAUGGAGAUGGAAUGGGGAAAAAUACUGGUUCUGUGAAGAUACCCCCUUUUCUCCAUUAGUGGCAUGCUCAUCAGCUCUUAUCUUUAUAUUCCAGUAAGUUAUUUUGCUCUCACUGUUUAACAA